AUGUUGGAGCGAUUGAUUGACUACUCUUGCCACUCGGCAGACGUCGAGGCUCUAGUAGAUGGUAUUGGCGGCGGCAGCAACAGCAGUAUUGGUCGCCGAUUGGUGAAGCGAACGAACAGCAGCAUGAGCGAAACGAGUGAAAUCAGCUUUGAUUUUUCGGAAGGAGGCCUUGCAGAUGACUUUUGGUUUAAUGAUUCCGACUAUAAAGGAACUGGUGGCAACAGCAGUGGCCACAACAGCCGAUCGUUUCACCACUCCGCUUCAUCCGCUUGCUCCAGCUGUGGCUACCGCUAUGGAGUCCCUGAUGAACGAUUCAGUCUGCAGCAGUUGGCUCGAAGCAACAACAGCAUCAGCAGCCAACGCAGCAAAUCCUGCUCACAUGAUGAUCAUCAUGCCGGCGAGAAACGGAACACAUCCAGCACAUCCAACACGCUUUCCAUCAGUGACGAAUCGGACAAUGGCCAAUCCAAAAAUGGCAAUAGCAAUAGCCGUAGCAAUAGCAAUAGCGAGAUGCAACUGGGAUAUGGCGGCACUUUGCCCGCCAAAACUACGGUUACAGCAACUGAAGAACUGGGAUACGGGGAUAUGAAACUGGACAACAGCAAGGCUCCCAAUCAAGUCUCGUCGUUGGAGUAUGAAGAUGCGUCUCCUAGUAGCACCAAUGGCAUGCCACUCACUACUAAUGCUCACAACAAGGUGUUUGACCCUGCAUCCUACUAUGCCACACGCCGUCGAAACAGCAUGAGUACUGGAGGAUGCCGCAACAGUGGUAUCAGUGGACUGGCACGAGUCCAUCGUGGUGGUGGUCGAAGAGCAUCCAUGGAACACACUUCUUCCACGACUUCUCCCACCACAGAGCCGCAGCAACCAACACGGUCAGCCGUGUCGUUUAAAAUGCGCCGGCGUUCCACGAGUAGCAAGGAGGAGACACAAGAUCGGGGCACGUAUUCCAUUACCAGCUUUAUUAAAAUGGAAAGUGGUCUCAGUGUGAACUGCUGUGUGUCAGUAAUGCAAAAUGUUAAGUCCCAAUUCUACCAGGUCUUAUUCGUCCACUUAACCCUGAGGUUUCCAAUCCUGUUUUCUUAUGUUGCCUGA